AUGCUAACUUGGAAUUUGAUCUAUACGAUCGUGGGCUUUUCCCUGCUGGGCAACUUUUCCGUGUUUCAAAUCACGAUUUUCGCCCUGGUUCCGGUGCCUUUGACCCAAAUGUUCAACCAGAGCUUCAGCCAACGUUAUGGCGUCGAGUUGAGCGAGUUGGGGUGAGCUUUCUUUUAUUUCAAAAUUGAAAUUUGAAUGAUAAUCAUUACCAGAAAAGUUUCAAAAAAAAUCAGGUGCGGGAGAAAAGCGAUCGUCCGCGACAUCGCAUUUCUCUCGCUGUCUCACGCACUCGAAAAAAAAACCAUAUAAAAAUGCGAUAUCGCGCCAAGGAAAACGCAAGACUUUCGCGAUAACGCUAGCGACAUCGCGUUCGAUGUAGUCGGCGACAAAUGAAUCACUUCGUCGACAUCGCGUUUCUCUCGUUUUCUUACGCCCUUGGAAAAUGCUUGAUAAAACGCGACAUCGCAUCAAGGAAAACGCCAGACAGGCGCGGCCAAUUUUGCGAUACCGCCAGCAACAUCGCGCCGGAUGUUCUCGGCGACAAAUUAAUCACUUUGUUGACGCGACAUCGCCUUUUUCUCACUUUCUCUCGCCCUCGAAAAAAAACCCCUAAAAAUGCGACAUCGCGUCAAGGAAAUCGCAAGACUGGCGCAGUCAAGAAGCAGAACUUUUGCGAUACCGCUAGCGACAUCGCGUUCGAUUUAGUCGGCGACAAAUGAAUCAAUUUGUCGACUCGACAUCGCAUUUCUCUCACUUUCUCACGCCCUUGAAAAAAGCUCGAUAAAACGCGACAUCGCGUCAAGGAAAAUGCAAGACUGGCGCAGUCAGGCAGGACUUUUGCGAUACCGCUCGCGACAUCGCGUUCAGUUAUUCAGCAAUGAAACAGAAAUUUAGAAUCCCAUUAAAAUUGUAAAAUUUUUGAAACAUUAAUAUCAGGUUCAAAAAAGAAUUUUCCCAGGGUUUCCACCAUCUUCUCUGCAAUCACCCUGACGUCAUGUAUCGCCCAAGUUUUGGGCAUUUUUUUCCUUUUGCCGUUUUUCGACAAACGGGGCCGGAAAUUCGCUGUGGUGUACUUAAGGUUAGGCAUAUUUGGUGAAGAAAAAAAAAGAAAAUUUCAGAUUUUUCAUGGGGAUGGCCGCGGGACUGUGCCAGGCGGCUUCUGGAUAUUUCGUAUCCGCCGAACUUUUCCUUCUGUCGAUUUUUAUCGCUUCUUUGGCUUUGACUUUGAAAACGGCCGCUACGGUUUUGUUCAUUUCGGAAUGUGCACCGAACUCGAAAAGGGGUUAGUAAAAUUUGAAGUAUUUUUUUUUUCGAAUAGUUGAAUUUUCUCCUCAAUACCUUCAUUAAUUUUGUUCACGCCCGUUUUAAAAAAAUCAACAAGCUUGAUAUAAAAAGUCUGUUGUCGCAUUUGGAAUGGCUAACUGCUCCUUCUAGUUAUUUCAUAUGCUUUCUCGCGCAUCCCGUUUCUGGUCGGACGAGAAAAAAACUAAAAAGCAACAUUUUUUUAUAACAAGCAAUCUUACUUAAAAUUUUUUUGAAUAGUCAUUCGCCAAGACUUGCCUGCGCUCUCCAUUCUCUAACCAAAACUCUCAUAAUUUUUUUGGUGAGAAAGAUCAAAUAUUCUUUGAACAUCGUGAACUUUUUUUGUAAAAAAAACUAUAUGGUGCUUUUUUGAGCUUGUUUAAUUUUGCAUGGAUGUUUUAUAAACAGGAACUUUGAAACCUCAUUAAAAAGAUGAAACUGCUUUUUUAACCCAAAAAAAAAAAUAUUUUUCAGGAUUUGCCACGACGAUCGUCGCUAUUGGCGACACUCUCAUGUGGUGCACUGUGUUUGUUUUUUUUCUUUUAUUUUCGAACUGUUUUCUUCAAAUUUGCCAUAUUUAGUUUACCUUAAACUACUCAAUGAUUUUUUUUUUUCGCAGAACAAUUUUCUCCUAUAUCUAUUAAGCUAUUGGGAAAAUUUUCAGAGUCCACUAUAGAGGCUCGUCAAGGACUACUUGGAGAGGACACUAAAGUGGCCACUAUUUUCCGUUUUAGUGACCACUUCAGUAGUUUAUCAUCCAGUAUUUCUUCCAGUAUAUGUUAAAAAACAAACAAAUUGGACCAGUUAUGUUGAUCCAUUGACUCCUAAAGUGGCCACUAAAAUUUUUAGUGGUCUAGUAGUAGCGCUUUGAUCUCUUUAGUGGCCACUAAUUUUCAACCCCUUUAGUGGCCAGUAAUUUGACUGCUAUAGUGGUCACUAAGACGUCAAAACCCUAUAAUGGCCACUAAAAAUUUUCCCGCUUCCCAGUCAUUUUUUUUCCGAUAGUUUUCUCCUGAAACUAUUUCUUGAUUUUCCAGCCAAACGCUCAGCUACCCGGCCAUUUUCGGGAACAUCGAACGUUGGUACUACAUCCCGAUAUUCUCAAUCUUCCUCUGUCUCCUAUUUCUCACAUUCCUGUCCAGAAUCCCGGAAUCGCCGAAAAAAUUGGCCCUGAGUGGGAAAUACGACGAAGCUA